UCGACGAUAAAGACCAACUUGGACAAUUGGAUAGCAGUUUUGUAAAGUCUAGAGGCUUAUACAGUUCAAUAUGAAGAGCUUCCUUUUUGCAGUUUUUUUUUUAGUGAUGUUUGUGAAUUAUGCAUACGGUCAAGGUGAUCCUCCGGCUGGUGAUCCUCCGGCUGAGGAUCCUCCGGCUGGGGACCCUUCAAGCAAUCCUGAUGCUGGAAUAGAUCCACAAAAAGGCAUUGACAUUGAAGCGAUAAAAUGCCUUUGCGCUCUUAAAGUUAAUGCUGAUAAUGAUGGAAACGCCGAUGCUAACGCUGGUGGAGGAGCUGAAUGUGGUUUGGGCGACCCAGCACCGAAGCUUUCCAUUGAUUGCGGUACUAUUCUGGAUGGAGAUAUUGAGGGUGCAUUCUUCUAUAUAUUAGCAGUCGAGAGGAAUAGUAUUCUAGGAGGAGGCUCUUGGGUUACGUUUGAUCGAAAAGGCUACGAGAUAACAGCAUUAAAUUUUCCAAAAGGACUGUCUAAAAGCAACGAUUUGACAAUAAUCGCCGGUAAUCUUACCCCAAAAAAGAAUUGGAGGAGCAUAAUCUAUAGUUUAGAAGAGCGAAAAUCUAAAACAUUGAGUCUUUGUACCAAUGAUCAAAAACCUGGAACGUGGGAAUACAACUUAGUAGAAAUGAGCAAUCAAAUCAUCUUGGAUGGUCAAGGAUGUCCCUUGGAAAAGGGCGCAAAAACAUCAGUAGAACCCAAUCCGCCAAGUCCGAUAGCACCAGCAAUUUAUCAGUUUCCGGAAAGGUUACCAUGCGAACGGCUGAUGUGGGAUGUAAAAAUGAAUGAUCCUGACAAUAGAAUGGCAUUUCAGGUAUGGUAUGAUUUCACACCAGCAGGUUUAUGCAAGCCUUCACCACCUGCUGGCAAUUAGGAUUUUAUACAACAACGAUCAGUAGCAGACUAUCAUACCACUUAUAAUUAUCCUAUCUCUAGACAAUAUGAGACACUAAUAUCUUCCUUAAAUGAGGAAGAAAAUUGAUGCAUAGGACAGCUGCUUACAAUUCAGUAAGCAGGGGUCCACAUACAAUUCCUAGAGGAACAAUAUUUCAGAAAAAAUCUUUGAGAAACAAAAUCGUCCACAAUAAAUUUCUUAAAAAAAUGCUUUAUGGAAGAAUUCCUCGGAUUUAAAAAUAUCCACAGUUAAAUCCUCUAUCACUUUGAAUAAUUCUAUCAAUUGGAUUAUAUGAGCAAAAUUUCUUAUGUUUGAUCAGUACAUUUGAGUUUAGGUAUUUGUCUAAUUAGUUUCAAUGCCGAUCAUUUCCAAUAUUUCUUUUUUGCAAUUCAAUGAUUGUUCUGUAUUGAUGUGCAAUACGAGAUUUUUGUGCUUGUUCGAUGAUCCGUUACGAGCGCAAACCUGUGAACUGCAUUUAGGAAAUUGAAAUAUGAGUUCGCAAUUUCAUGUUUAAAUUGAAUUUUCAUUCUGUCCAAAUAGAAUUGUCAAGUAUCGUGGACCAUUCUGAACGUAUUUUGUAAUCUCUUUGCGCCAAAUUUCCUGUGUAAUCGGAGUCAUCGUUCUUUUUCACCUCAUUUGACUCCGCUGAUAUUUUGUUAUUAAUGGUUGGUGAAAAAUUCUUUUUCUAAUGUGGUUUCUCUGACGGAAUUGAAGCAAAACAGUCCCAAGAAAAUUAAUUAAAAAGUACUAUAUUCAUUGAUCCAUUUUCUUCCUGUUAGGGAUCAUCUAACGAUUUGUAAAUGAGAAAAUUUAGAUCAAGGGGAAUCAUGUUUCCAUUAUAUCGAUCAUUCAAUAUAUGAAUUGAUUUUGGUGAAGGA